AUGAAUAUUCCAGACUUUCUGGCCCUGGAGGCCGACUCCGAAAGCGGCGACCUGGUCGACCUCCGCGCCCUUGAUUUCGUCUCCAGCUACGAUUCACACCUAAUGUGCCCGAUCUGCCACUGCCCUUUCGUCCAGCCCGUGCGACUACAAUGCGAUCACGUUUUUUGCCGGAAAUGUCUGGGCUCGGCCAUCACCACCGUCCGCUCGGCCGACUCGGAAGAGUUCCCGUGUCCCUCCUGCCGGACCCCCGCAACCCGAAUAUCGAUGAAUGUGCCCCGCCUAUUGAUCAACAUGUGUGACGAGAUCCAGGUACGGUGUCCGCUGCUAGGAGAUGGUUGUGAGGAGGUCGUUCCGCGAGGCCACAUCCAGUCGCAUGUGGAGAAAUACUGCGGCUAUCGGCUUGUGCCGUGCCCGGAUGAAUCAUGCGGCAAGAACACCCGGAAAAAGGAUCUCCAGCCGGACCAACGGUGUAUGCAUAGCUAUUGCCGGUGCGGGCGCUGCAAUGAGGAUAUAAUGGAGCAGGACUUUGCGGAGCAUGACAAGGAGCUUUGCCCCAGUCUGGAAACAACUUGUGUUGAUUGCGGAACUACCAUCCCGCAGCGAACGCUGAAGCAGCAUAUCGAGACGUGUCCGGAUGUUGUCAGCCCUUGUGUGGCAUCGAAAUAUGGGUGUCAAGUCAAAAUUCGACGUGCAGAUAUUGCGAUACAUGAACAACAGUGUCCGCUGGUCUCAAUAGGACCAUAUUUCGAGGCGCAAAACACGCGGCUGGAUUCUCUUGAACUGACUAUGCGACACUUGCAACAACGCAAUGAGAUAUUCGAGGAUGGAUUGGCCAAUAUCCGAUCCACACUUCGUGACUUUGCGCGUGCGAGCGGCAACGGUGGAAGAUCAGUCAUAGGUGGAGAGAGGGACCAGCAGGCUCGUGGGGACGCAGACGAAUCUUCAGACCUUGCAACCGCAUUCUCAUCCCACACCACUCAAUACCUCCUCUCCCUCCACGAAUCUCUGCGCGAGGAGGUCAACCAAAUAUCACACGCUCUCACGGACCUUGACGCUCGCGCCAGCAUGACCAUCAUGAACGAGUGUCUCCGCAUUAAAGAAGACAUGGCCCACACGAACGCCGCCGUCAACAGCGUGCGCAUGCAAGUCCAGUGGCUAAUGAACCCUCGACUUCACAACGGCGCACGAGCCGGCGGCAUCCGCACCAGUACAGCUGGAAAUGAGAGCCCCCGGACGCAAUUGACAUCCACGUCAGCACCAGGGCCGAGCAACGCUGCUGGCCCAUCAUUGGGACCGCUUCGGCCCCGACGACCUAGUGAUAGUGGGCGCGAGGGAACCAAACUAUGA